AUGGCAACAGGCACCAUCACUGAAACAGAGGAAGCCAUCCCUCUUCCACAAAGGCCAAAUGCCACUCAAAAUACAACUUCAAACACAACACCACCAGAGGUUACAGAAAAUCGAAGCAGCUUCCUCCACAACAGGGAUUCCUUCAAACUUCUCAGCGUCGGCUUUUCCUUUUUCGUGGCCGGUAUCAACGAUGGCAGCAUCGGUGCUCUCUUGCCCUAUGUCAUUAGAGAAUACAACAUCAACACCGCCAUAGUUUCAAGCUUGUAUGGCGCCAACUUUUUCGGCUGGCUCGUUGCAGCCAUGACAAACACCCAUCUCUGUCAGUAUCUCGACCUAGGAGCCAUGCUUGCACUCGGUGCCGUGUGCCAAGUCGCAGCUCAUGCUCCUCGUGCCUGGGAUCCGCCGUUUGGGCUAUUCGUUGUGUCAUUUUGGAUCGUGAGUAUCGGACAGGCCUUUCAAGAUACACAUGGAAACACUUUUGUUGCUGGUGUCAAAGGUGCGCAUAGAUGGCUUGCCUUUAUUCAUGCCAUGUACAUGGCAGGUUGUCUUGUUAGCCCUUUCGUUUCGACUGCCAUUGCUUCAGCUGGAGUUGUGUCAAAGUGGUACCUGUUCUAUACAUUCCCUCUUGGUAUUGGUGUCGCCAAUUUAGCUAUUGUGCUCAUUGCAUUUCGAGACUCCUUAAAAUUCAAGGCGAAAAGUCAGAUUUCGUCCGAAACGAGGCAUGCAGAAGCUACAGAAAGUGAGGGUGACACUCAAACGGGAGUUUCACAAUUCGCUCGAGAGGCACAACAAGACUCACCAGAGUCGCUUCCCGUGUCUAGAAACAAGGGCGCCUGGAGUCUCAUCUCGACAACAGCCAGAACACCAAGCGUGUGGUUUCUGUGCACAUUUUUCUUCUUUUACCUGGGCUCUGUGUUGACGGCCAGUGGCUGGGUAGUCGAAUACCUUGUUGACGUUCGUCAUGGUAAACUUUCGCAGAUGGGCUAUGUCCCAGCUGGAUUUAAUGGCGGCGCUUUAUUAGGUCGGCUGUUCCUUGCUGAGCCUACACACCGUUUCGGCGAGCGUAAGAUGGUGUUUAUAUAUUGCUUGAUGGCCAUUGUCCUGCAACUUAUUUUCUGGCUCGUCCCGAACAUUUUUGCCGCAUCUGUUGCAGUGAGCUUCAUUGGGUUCUUUACCGGACCACUAUUUGCCACUGGAAUAUCACUUGGUUCCAAACUAUUCCCAGAGCAUAUCCGGUCUACAGCACUCGCUCUAGUCUUUGUCUUUGCCCAAAUGGGAGGAUCCUUGUUCCCCGUCAUUACGGGCGUCGUAUCAUCCAACGCUGGUGUGAAAAUUCUUCAACCAAUGCUGGUUGGCUUGCUCGGUGCUACAGCGAUUAGCUGGUUGUUGGUGCCCCGACCCAAAGAUACCGCACAUCCUGGGUUGCAUCAAGAGUAA